CACCAAUCACGGACUUGGGCGUCAGCUGUUUGCCGCUCUUUUGGAAGGGAACUCUCUCUGUCUCUCUCAUCAGCUUCUUCAGGACAGAGACAGAUUACGGAGUCAUCCUUCAUCAAUGUCUGUCAAUGGAGAGUGAGUAUUAGGUGUUGACUUCUCAUCAGGCAGUCUUACGUAUUCCCCCAUUCAAAUAAUCAAAGUUUCUCUAAUAUAUAAUUGCAAGUCUACUACGUGUUCGCCAAUUGCAGAAGACAACCACUUCUUCUUCUUCCUUUCCUUUCCUCCUCCCAUCUUCUGGUUAAUGGGUUGCCGCCAAUCUGAAGCACCCAUUUCUGCAAGUUGGUAUUGAACAGAGGAAAAGAGACCUCCCAUGGCGGCCUUGUUCCAAGAUUCCAGCAGUUGAGGGCCCAAGGUUGAUCAUUCGGGGAUAGUUUUCAUCUGUUCUCUAUCUAUCUCACUUUCCGGUCUUCGAGAUGAGCAGCAAGAAGGGAUCAGUGAAGCUGGACGAGGACCAGAUCGCGGAGCUCCGCGAGAUCUUCCGCUCCUUCGACAAGAACGGAGACGGCAGCCUCACCCAGCUUGAGCUCGGAUCGCUUCUCCGGUCGCUUGGGCUCAAGCCCAGCCCUGAGCAGCUCGAGGCCCUCACCCAGAGGACUGACACCAACAACAACGGCCUCGUGGAGUUCUCCGAGUUCGUGGCCCUCGUGGCACCCGAGCUCCUCCCCAGCCCCAGCAAGUCUCCCUACUCAGAGGAGCAGCUGAGGCGGAUCUUCAAGAUGUUCGAUCGGGAUGGGAACGGGUUCAUAACUGCUGCCGAGCUGGCUCACUCCAUGGCUCGGCUCGGCCACGCCCUCACGGCUGAGGAACUUACUGGGAUGAUCAGGGAGGCCGACAAGGACGGGGAUGGGCAGAUCAGCUUCGAGGAGUUUGUGCACGCGAUCAGUUCUGCAGCGUUCGAUAACUCGUGGGCUUGAUCCGGAUCAGACAUCUUCAAUAUCGAUGCCAAUUCUUUCUGCUUGAUGUUUGGUGCACUUUCUUGUUACCCAUUUGCCUUGCAAAAUUAGAAUCCGGCAGAGGUUGAAGCUAUACAUAUGUGCGAGCCUGCCGGAAUCAUAAUCAUUGAGAUUAUCUUGUGAGACAGGUUAUUUUGGACCUGCAGAUAUCUGGACUAUAAAUUCUGAUACAGUAGAUGAGAUGUGUUACAUAUUAUGUGAAUGCAAGAUGGUUUAUUUAUGCUUUUGUAAA